AUGAAUCCCCGAGGAAGAUAUCCCCCCGGUAUUGGGAAUGGUCGGGGAGGGAGCCCGAGCACAAACCCGAAUUAUUAUUCAAGGGGUCCUCAGCAACCGCAACACCAGCAGCAGUACGUUCUAAGGAGUACUGUCCAGAAUCAGCAGGGCCAACAAUAUCCGCAACACCUGCAGCAGCAGCAGCAGCAGCGGCGGCAAUGGGCGGCUGGGAAUCAAAUGGGAGGUGAUGCUGGCGUAGUUGAAACGGGUAAAGCUGUUCAAGCGAACAGUAAUAUGGACUCCAGGUAUACUCUUUGCGUCCGUUGAUAAUGAUGUGAUUGUUCGCGCCGUCUAACUUCAUAAAGUUGUUUCCGUCCUCGUUGUUUAUUAGAUCGCGCUUGUUUUUUUUGUUUUGUUUAUCGAAACUUGUUAACAGUUCCAAGUAGCAGCUUUUAUGUUUUGACUAAACAUUCCAAGUAGCUGUUUUUUGGAGCAUUAGCCCCGCUAGGAGACGGAAGAAGCUAUCGGUGGAAUUACAAGAGCGAAUUUAUUUGUCAUAACCUUAUUUCAAUGCCUUUGUGGUCAUUAUCAAGUGUCAUCUCUUGUUGCCUUCAACCUGUAACAAGGUUCAUACAGCUCCAUCACAAUGUCUAGAUUUGCAUUUGGAAUCGUCUCAUUUCCCUCUUACUCUACAUUCGUUGUAACUUUUACAUAGCGCUGGGCUGCUUGAUUUUCUACACUUGGUCACUGAAGUAACAGUUGCUAUACGAAAUGAGUACCUAUCGCCAUAACUUCGUGGUGCAGCAGUAAUCGCCUCAUCCUUUUCGUUUUUAAACAUUCUAAUAGCUUUAGUGAAGAAGUCGGCAGAAAACAUGAUUCAUUAGGAGAAUAUGCAGUUUGGACGUCGUUUAUUUCUAUGUGAAGCACUUUUGCGUCAUGUAACUUGUUUUCUCUACUCCUGAUUAAGAUUACAUAAUAGGAUGUAGUGGAUUCUUUUUGCCCACUUCAAGGCUCCCAAACGAGGCAACAAAAAAGCUAUUUUGAUAAUUAAAUCUACGAUUCCUCCACUUCCCUUCCCUGCUUAACCCAUCUAUUGAUAUCCAUUCUUUCUCCCAAAAUCAGACAGACGUAAAGGUUUUAUAACAAUCAAAGCCUCCUGCUAAAUUUUCUUUAAUGGAAGUGGGAACUAGUUUCAUUCUUAUGAAUAAAAAUUGUGCUGCAAUAAUCGUCUUGAACCUUACUUGGUUAUUCUAACAGAAGCUACCAUUUUCCAUUUGGUCUCUUUGUAUAUCUUGUUGCUGAAAUGCUUAAACAUAAUCAGGCUUAAGGUGAUGGUAGGCAUUUCGUCUUCAAGAUAACGCUUCAUUCCUCGGGUAUCAAUAUAACAAUGAGGAAAUAAGUUAAGCUAUUUAGAAAUUUCACAUUCACUGGCGAAUCUUAUCUCUGUGAUGUCAAAGUGGAGUCCGUAUGAGGAUGCCUCUUUCAAAUUUUCAUAUAUAUGCCUUUUUUAAGGGAUACGCAGGGAAAUGAUGGUGCUUGAAAGGACAGUCCUUUUGUUGAUGAUAUACUUGCUUUGAAUUUUUUAAUAUUUUACUUUAUACUUUUUUGUUUACCUUCUCCACUAGUGGAUAUAACGUAGUGUUAUUAGUUCCUUCCUUUUUAUUUAGUUUUAGUUUUUGGUCAUGCAAAUAUUAGCUUUCACUAUUUUUUUAAAACAGACAUGAUAUUCGUAUUUAGUAACACGUUGAUUUGACCAAAUAUUAUUUUUCAGUCUUCUGGAUUGGAAGGCAAAAUUAAAUAUACCACCACCGGACACGCGCUACAGGACAGAGGUAUGAGGCACCCUCUACUUAUCACUACACAUCCUACGCAAAUUGUUUUUGUAAAUUGCCUUUUGUCGAAAUGUAUGCCAUUAUGUUGGAAAGUUUGAUGACACUUGGAUUUUUUCUAGAUUGGUUUUUUUUAACUGGUUAACUAUAUGGUACCAGUUAUGCCAUAUUACGUAUUAUUAAGAAUUUCUUUUUUUAUGUGCAUACAAGUAUAUAAUUAUUUUGAUAUGAUAUUUUCCAGGAUGUGACUGCUACUAAAGGAAACGAAUUUGAAGAUUAUUUUUUGAAGAGAGAGCUACUUAUGGGGAUAUACGAGAAAGGCUUUGAGAGACCUUCUCCAAUUCAAGAAGAAAGUAUUCCGAUUGCUCUAACUGGAAGUGACAUUCUUGCGAGAGCUAAGAAUGGAACUGGAAAGACAGCUGCAUUCUGCAUUCCUGCCUUGGAAAAAAUCGAUCAGGAUAAGAAUGCUAUUCAAGGUCAGUUCCAUUUCCUCCAUUCAUGUUUUCUCAAUCUUUCAUUUAUUUUUUCUUAUUUAAUGCUGCGUUCGAUCCAAGAAAUCUUUGAACCUUUCCCGUCAUUUUUUGACAAUCACAUUAGUAUGCUCUUUUCAUGAUUUUUUUUAUUUUGAAUUUUUAACGCACACUUUUGUCUCUCUGAAGUUAUCUUUUCUUUGGCAUAUGUUGAGUAUGGUACCGACUUUAUACCUCAAUUAUUAGUUUCUAUUAGAAGCGAUGAUGGGGAUGGAUGGGUUUAAGUUUUCUAGUUUUAAUGUAUACUAUAAAAAUUUAAAGACAUCGAUUAUGUUCUCAAAAGAUUAUUUUUUUUAUAAUUAUUUUAAACGAUCAACUCAUAAUUUUUUUUUUCUGAUUUUGCUCCUUUCAAGAUGUUUCAAGAUGUUUCAAGAUGUUUCUGAUUUUGAUCUUAACUUUGGUAAUUUUUUAGGUUGCUUAUACAAACAAUUUUUUUUCGAUUUGUUGGUCAGGCAUUGGUUUCACGAUUUUGGCAACUAUUAGGUUUUUGUAUUUGAGGGAAUGUAUGGUGUUUGCAAGCAUGGAUGGAUUUUUGUUAAUGUCGUAUCAUGUUGAGAUGAUACUUGUUGUUGCCAAUAGGUAUAUUCUGCUUAAUGUUUACUCUUUAUUUGCAGUGGUUAUACUUGUUCCCACACGAGAGCUAGCCCUCCAAACUUCUCAGGUCUGCAAGGAGCUUGGGAAGCAUUUGCAGAUUCAGGUGAUGGUAACAACUGGAGGUACCAGUUUGAAGGACGAUAUCAUGCGUUUAUACCAGCCCGUUCAUUUGCUUGUUGGAACACCUGGUCGAAUCCUGGAUCUUGCAAAAAAGGGUGUUUGUGUUUUGAAGGAUUGCUCCAUGCUGAUCAUGGAUGAGGUAUGCGACAAGUGAUAUUUUUUUUUUGACUGCAUUGAUCUUUCAAGACUUUGGUUAGGCUGCUCAGGCGGGGAUUCAAGGAAUUUAAUGGUCAUGGCACAUUUAAUUGACACAUCCUGGAGAAAUUUUAACUGAGUAGAUUACUGAGUACAUAUGGCUCAUACUCUUCCAGCGUCCAGUUACAUAAUGCUUCUGUUUUUAAAUAAAUGAAUUUAUAUUAUAUUCUAAAGCUUUCCUAGAAAUUUUUAAAGAUCUGUGUCGGCUGAAUUCUAUGAAGGUUUUGGCUAUCAGCUAUUUAACGUAUUCUUGGAGACUGCAUUUGUUUUAUGGAUUAGCUUUAGUGGUUGGAUUUUUUUUCCAAGUUGAUGGUAAUAUGUGAUCGUUAGAUUGACAAAAAGAGAGAAUGUACAAAUGCCAUUUUGAUCCGUUUUUGUUUGAAAAUUAAAUAAAGGAGAACUAAUAGCAUUGGCUAAUAAAGUGUGUUAUUUCCACUUAUUUAUCAUUUCACUCUCUUUUUCAGGCUGAUAAGCUUUUGUCUCCCGAGUUUCAACCUUCUGUGCAGCAACUUAUUCGGUUCCUUCCAUCAAAUCGACAGAUUUUAUUAUUUUCAGCAACAUUUCCUGUGACUGUGAAGGAUUUCAAGGAUAAGUAUCUGCCAAAGCCUUAUGUAAUUAAUCUUAUGGAUGAGCUUACACUCAAGGGUAUAACUCAGUACUAUGCUUUUGUGGAAGAGAGGCAGAAAGUUCACUGCUUGAACACCCUUUUCUCUAAGGUCUCUUGCUGGUUCUUAUUUUUCGUAGUUUAAUUGUUAAAUGUUCUUUCUAUUAGUACAAAUCACUAAUGGUUUACUUAUCUUGGCUUGCAGCUUCAAAUAAAUCAGUCUAUCAUAUUUUGCAACUCAGUUAACCGUGUAGAACUGCUGGCAAAAAAGAUAACAGAGCUCGGUUACUCAUGUUUCUACAUUCAUGCUAAGAUGUUGCAGGACCAUCGUAACCGAGUGUUUCAUGAUUUUCGUAAUGGUGCAUGCAGGAAUCUUGUUUGCACAGGUAACUUUUGUUAGAGAAAAUAUUUCUUCCUCGUUUCCUCUCAGGAUUAUAAAUUUGAUAUAAAGACCUUGCUGAAUGUAGGCUGUUUAGACAUCACUCGUUACUGUUUGACGAGUGAUGUUUUGCUAUGUUGGUGAUUAUUUUUUAAACAACGUGGAGAUUUAAAAUUCAAAUGUUUUCAAAUAUUCACACAUGCAUAGCUCCCUUUUUUAUGUUCAAUGAUGGCAAUACAUAGUGUGAAUUGCUUAUUACCGUUGUACAUUCUUAUUUACUUGGGUCAUAUGUAACGUGUCUGCUGGUAAUGAUUUGUUUCCAGCGUGAACUUGCAAACUUAUUUUGAAAAUUCCUUAGUCAGAUCGUAAAAGGCACCGGUCAUGUACUAUUUUUUUCGUUGAGAAAAGAAAGGUACUAUUGUAGCCUUAUCGGCCACUGCUAGAUUUGAAACGUCUUGCAUAUGCUAGACGACAACCAUUAGAUAGUAUCAAGGAUAUACAUGUUGAAAGAACUUGGAGGAUUGGGAGGAGAACAUUGGUCUAGAAAAGACCUCAUUAUUAGUACUACACCUUCUGCAGUGAGCUGUCAUUCUGAAUUCUAUUUUGGUUCGUAGGGUAUUGACUAUUAUUUUGUGUUUAUCAUAUAAACCUUUCAAGCCUCUGUUGAGAUCCAACUAAAAGUGUUACUUACUUUUGAGAUGCCACAGAAUAGGCAUGUACCGUAGUGUAGUUCAAGUUGUCAUUUCGGUUUGUUUCUUGAUGAUCGAGUUACUCUUGUCUCUCUGUCUAUCAAAUUGCUCUUUAACAAAAACCCUAAAUGCCACCUUUUUGCCUCGUGGCUUGAUUUUUUACGUUCUCUGAUAACAUGCCACAUUUUAUUGCUCGCAUCAUGAUUAAAGGUGUGAUUUAUCUUUUAAGUGAUUUAUCGUAUGUCUGGCCUUCAGUAUUGUCAUGGCAAUCUCUCAACUUAUGCCUUUACGCAGAUUUAUUCACCAGAGGAAUCGACAUUCAAGCGGUUAAUGUUGUUAUCAACUUUGACUUUCCUAAGAACUCUGAGACAUACUUGCAUCGGGUAUGUCUUCUGGAAUGCAAAUCUUUUAAGUGUGAUGGCCAUAGUUUAUGGAAGUAGGAGCAUUCAAUUGCAUUUAACAGUUCAUAUAUUCGUGAUUAGGGUGUAUGGUGGCUCAUUUUCUAGGUCUUCUGGUUUUGAAAUCACUCGUCUUUUGCUUGUGUCCCCGGAUAUUCUGACUUAGCACUGACUUAGCAUAUCUUAUUUUACUCAUUUCUCUUUUAUGUUCCUGGUGGAGGUUUGCUGAGUUUGGACAUCUGUUUUAACAUGACUCUAAAAAGAAACUAGAAAAUAUUUAUAAUUCUCCUGCUGCACUAUUGGCACCACUUUCAAUAAUUCACUGUUAUCAUCAAUCUGUGCACUCAAAGCAGCACCAGAGUCGCCGGUCAAGUCAACCAUUAUUGUCACUCUAGUCUAUUCCGUAGGCGUCUUUUCUCUAUUAUCUACUUUGCUACUAGCUAUGACAGCUGGAAAUUUUUCUCAUCGGUAAAGGCAUCACAAAGUCUGAUUGUUCCACGUAUGUCAGCUGAUUAGCUUCUGAUGCUUGGCUUACCUUUGUGAUAGUAUUUGAUAGGACUAGUUAUUCAAAUUUUGAAUUUUUCUUAUUAUUGUAAACUCAAAAUUUUACUUCUCUCUGAAAGAGUUUCUGUUUGCCAUUGCUAGGUUGGUCGUUCUGGCAGAUUUGGCCAUCUUGGCUUAGCAGUGAAUUUAAUAACCUACGAGGACCGCUUCAACUUGUAGGCACUUCUUAAACUCGGCAUUCAUUAGAACUUUUUUAAAUUGUUCAUUUAAUCUUUAUUUAACAUCCAUUCCCGUAUUCAUACGACAGGUAUAGGAUCGAGCAAGAGCUGGGGACUGAGAUCAAGCAAAUUCCUCCGCAAAUAGACCAGGCAAUUUAUUGCCGAUGA